AGGUAAUUUUGGAUGACUACGGUUCACAAAGCGGUCAUUUCUGUGUUAUGUUCAAGCAGAUUUUACGGAACCGGAAUAUGAUAACUUGAGUAUUGAGAAAGGAGCGACGCAUAUAAAAACAGCAGCCCAGUUAAUGCAGUUCAGUUAACACUACUCCCAAGUCUUCGAUUGUGACUUUUCGAUGAGAAAACUUUUGAAUCUUCUAGUAGGGUAAGGCAUUCAACAGUGAAUUUUUUGGAUUUUUAUUUUUUGCACUGAGAAUGAAAAAAUCCUGUUGUGGAUUAUUUGUUAUCGACUCCAAUGAACCAGUUCCGUUAACAGCUAUUCAUUACGAUGUGGAUGUUAAAGGAUUUGCCAGUUCCAUCACAAUCAACCAGACAUUCAAGAACGUCGAAUCAACCGAUUUGGAAUGCGUGUACGGAUUCCCAGUGAACGACCAAGCAGCUGUCACCGGCUUUACCGUGAAGAUCGACGACCGCACUUUGACCAGUCAGUUCAAGAAGAAGGACGAAGCCUUCAAGGAGUACAACGCGGCACUGCAACGCGGAGACGGCGCGUAUCUUCUGGACCAGGCGGAUCGCAGCGACGACACCUUCGUGCUGAGUGUGGGCAGACUGCCGCCCGGGAGGGAUUGCGUGGUCAGCAUCAACUACGUCUGCACACUGGACAGCGUCAGCGAGACGAAGCAGCGACUCCUCAUUCCCAUGGCGCUCUUCCCGAGAUACAAUCCCAAUCCGGAAAGCACGGUUGGGACAACGGCGCCGCCGGAGAAGUAUGCUGCAACGGUGUCGUAUAAAGCAACGCUGGAUGGCAAAAUUGAAACGCUAGAUAAAGUGAAAUCCGUGUCAUCUGUGUCGCACCCGAUUGCUGUCAGCAUUACUGGAGAGAAAUCCGUUCAGGUCACUUUCGGUCCCCAGCAGCAACCGGUUGAUCGUGACCUGGUGAUCGACAUCGAAAUCCAGAACAAUCCUCAGCACCAUGUCUCGGUCGAGGGCGUCGACGGUGAUCAGUUUGUAGGAAUGUAUUCUUUUAUUCCUCAAUUCGGACAAGAUGACCAGAAAGUGCAAAGUGAGCUAAUCUUUGUCCUGGACUGCUCCGGGUCGAUGGAAGGCGACAAGAUCGAAGAUGCGAAACGUGCGAUGCAGAUAUUCUUAAGGAGUAUUCCAGAAGGCUGUUAUUUCAACUUUUACAGAUUUGGUAGCACUUUUGAAUCGUUGUUUCUGGAAAGUAAGUUAUACGCCGAGGAUACAUUCAAAGCUGCAAAACGUUAUGCUGAUGAAACAUCUGCAAUUGGGGGCACCCAAAUCUUGCAACCGUUAAACAAGAUUUUCGCUACUCCGCCUCUUUCCGAUUUCUCCAGACAGUUAUUUGUGUUGACCGAUGGAGAAGUCAGCAACACGGAACAGGUCAUCGAUCUGGUGAAGCAAAGUGCAUCUAAUUCUAGAGUUUUCUCGUUCGGCAUCGGCGAUAGUUGCAGUCGCUCACUGGUCAACGGAAUCGCGUUGGCCGGCAACGGAAAAUCAGAGUAUUGCAAACACGGAGAAAUCCUGGAGGACAAAAUCGGCCGCCAUCUGGAACGGGCGUUGCAGCCUGCUGUUGUACAAGCCAGUGUUUUGUGGGAAGGAGUGAAGAACGUGCAACAAGUGCCGUACGUGUUACCGCCCGUAUUCCGCGGUGACCGGCAAAUUGCUUAUGCGUUCUUCGAAAUUGGAGAGACAGAUCAGACUCCCAAAGUCGUUUUGCAGCUGAAAGACAAGUUGAAGAAAGAAACAGAUUUUGCAUAUCCCAUCAGUGCUGAGAAAAAUCAAGGCAUUGCUAAAUUGGCAGCGAGAGCUUUAAUUAAACAUCUGGAAACCGCGCCUACUGGGACACCAUCAUCCAUUAGCAGUGGAUCCUUACAAAAGCGGAAAGUGGAACUGUCUGACACGAAGACAGAAGAGAUUGAUGCUGAUAACAAAAAUUUGAUUACCGACAUUUCCUUGAAAUAUGGCGUGAUGUCCAAGCAUGUUUCGCUCCUGGCGAUAGAACAACGAGAAGGUGAACGAGCCAAAGAGAUGCAACUACAAGAAAUCUCUGUACAGGUAUCAGCGCUGAGGUUCUAUCAGCCGAUGCCGCGAUGUGGCAUUCCAAGUAGUGUAGCACUGGGUGCGAUGGGAAUCAUGUCUCCGAGUACGGUACCACCACCUAAAGCUCAGCAGUCGUUAGCAGGUCGUGCGAUGUCUGGAGUUCCUGCUGCUUCAAAAAGGGCCAAAGAGAUGGUUGUUAAUAUCACAUCAAAAUUUCAUGCAAAAAAGGAUAAUAGUGUGGUGUCCGAUUACGCUGUGGUGUGUAAUGACGCGGGCAAGACGUCCGAUGAUUCGCGAGACCAAGAAGCAGAGAGGUUCAGAGCUACUAAGAAGCCGGUUUUGAAUCAGGUUUUGGAAGUGGGACGGCAGCUGGGAAUUUUCGGAUAAUUUGAAAUGUAUUCUGGGCGUCACCAAGGACGCUGCAGAAAGCAAAGCCGGGGAGAAAUUGGAUCCAGUUGUUUUGGCAACACUACUGGUAGUAGCCUAUCUGAAUGCCAAACAUGCCGGUCAAACGCAGAUUUGGCAGGCCAUUGCUAAAAAAGCGCUGACUUUUAUCCGGAAGCAGAUAUCCUCUGAUCAAGAAAACAAUAUCCUGAAGAGUUUACAAUCGCUCUUUUAAGGUGUCGACUUCAAACAAUUUUCUGCGACGUUGUAGUACUUAUAUACAGAGUAGUUCAUUCUUCUUGCAUUGCUCUCGGGACAAUUAAAAAAAACAAAUUAUAAUUUUAAUUUUACAGUUAUUCGGUUGAAUUGGUCUGAUCU